AUGUUUGCUGCUUCACGCUUGAGAUCGUUGUCGAGCCGUCUUGCUUUGAAUUCAUUAAAGCCUUUGGUUGUUAAAACCGCUGUUCCUGCUUUAUCCAGUCGUGUAACUCAUAUUCGUCAAUAUGCAACGAAGGAUAAACAAGUGUCUUACACUGUCGAUAAGUUCCCGGGUUACGUUCGUAACGAAAACUAUAAAGAGCUUACAGAACAAGAUGUGGAUCAUUUUAGAACCAUCCUUGGCAAUAAUGGAUUACUUUACGGUAACGAGGAUGACUUAUUCCCUUUUAAUACCGAUUGGAUGCACAAGUUCCGUGGAAAAUCGCAGCUUGUUUUGAAGCCAAAAACAACUCAACAGGUUUCUGAUAUCAUGAAGUAUUGUAAUGACCAAAAAUUAGCCGUGGUUCCCCAAGGUGGUAACACCGGUCUAGUAGGUGGUUCUGUUCCUGUAUUUGACGAAGUCGUAUUGAGUCUGCAGGGUAUGAAUAAAAUCCGUGGAUUCGAUAAUGUAUCAGGUAUCCUGACGGCUGAUGCUGGUUGUGUACUUGAAGUACUUGAUAACUGGUUAGGAGAAAAGGGUUACAUGAUGCCAUUGGACUUAGGUGCUAAAGGAAGUUGUCAUAUUGGCGGAAAUAUCGCAACUAAUGCAGGAGGCUUGAGAUUAUUGCGUUAUGGAUCUCUUCAUGGUACUGUAUUGGGCUUAGAGGUAGUCCUUCCCGAUGGUACUAUUUUGGACAAUAUGUCUACCUUGAGAAAAGACAAUACUGGUUAUGAUUUAAAACAACUUUUCAUUGGAUCUGAAGGAACUAUUGGUGUAAUCACUGGUGUAUCUAUUCUGACUCCUCAUAGAUCAAAGGCUGUUAAUGUUGCUCUUUUAGGCUUAAAUUCAUUCGAGGAUGUUCAAAAGGCCUUCAAGCAAUCUAGAAUUGAAUUAUCAGAAAUUUUAUCAGCUUUUGAGUUUUGGGAUACCAACGCUCUUCAAAUGUUCAAAAAGCAUGCUACACCUAAAGACGUCAUGGAGAAGGAAUAUCCUUUCUACGUAUUGAUUGAAACCAGUGGAUCCAAUAAGGACCAUGAUGAUGAGAAAUUGAACACCUACCUUGAAAAUAUGAUGGUUGAUGGCGUCGCUGAAGAUGGUGUUGUUGCACAAGACGAGACGCAGAUCCGUGGCCUCUGGAGUUUGCGUGAAGGUUUUACCGAAGCACUUGGUAAAGAACCUGCUGUGUAUAAAUAUGAUAUUUCAAUGCCCGUACCCAAAUUAUACGAGUGCGUAGAAGAUAUGCGCCAGCAUUUACGCGAUGGCGGUGUGUUUGGUCAAGAAGAUUCCCCUGUUACCGAUGUUGUUGCUUAUGGUCAUGUUGGUGACGGUAAUUUGCAUUUGAACAUUGCUGCCAGUCGUCUUGAAAGUCGUGUAUCCGCACUGAUAGAACCUUACUUAUUUGAGUGGGUUGCCAACCAUCAGGGAUCCAUUAGUGCUGAACAUGGUUUGGGUGUAGCUAAGAAUGAAUUUUUGGGCUAUUCUAAGUCUCCCGUAAUGAUCAAAAUGAUGAAAACCAUGAAAAACAUGCUCGAUCCUAAUGCCAUUAUGAACCCAUAUAAGUAUCUCCCUUCUUCCCCAUAG